AGUGCUUGAUUGUUCUACCCCUGUUCCCACUCUCCCUACCUUCCCCCGUAAUCUGUGACCACCGGGAUUUCUCAAGUACCACAUCAGCGAGAACUGAUGUUGAUGGAACAGGACACCGGGGCACUGCCACGACGCAGUGCCAGGCUUGCAGUUCGUGCCCGUUCUGCGGUCCCUCCAUGCACCAAGUAUCAGCAACAGCGACUCAGCAGGCGGACGACUCCAGCAGCAUCGAGUACAGCAUUGACAGUACCGGUUCCCACCGGAGUUCUUCCCGCAUGCCCGGUCCAAGGGGCCCAUGAACCGCUGGCUGACUAUCUUGGGCGGCUACAGGUAUUCACAGAUGCCGUAGCUGCCGCUAAGGCUCAGCAGGAGGCAGCAGAGGCAGAACGUCAGCGGCUGGCCGAUGAGGCGGCAGCCCAAGCUCAGCAGACUGAGGCUGACGCAGCGGCACGAGACAGACGGAAUGCCGCCAGCACGGAGUCCCUAAUUCAAAAUGAGAAUCAGUGGACAACGCUACUCCAAGGCAUGUUCUUUGUGCCUACGGACGCGCAGGCGGAUCCGACACAGGCGGAGGCAGAGAGAAGUAACCUGGCUACAGUGAUGUUGAGCGUGAUGAGGGGGGUAAUGUGGAACAACAAACUGCUGCAGGCACACCUGCGCACGAAACGACAGCAAAGACAAAAGCACCAGCAAGACAUGGCCACUUUAACCGAUGCCGUCCGUGCCGCAGCAACACAGCAGCAGCAACAGCAACAGCUGUUGAACUCCACUCUCGCGCGCAUCAACAGCAUCAAGGCUAAGGCCUCAGCAGUGCCAGGCUGCACGACAAAUGCGACGAAGCAGCUCAACGAGCGCACGUCCACGGUGGCCGCCAUCAAGACGGACAUCACCAAAUUGCAGACAAGACCGGACGCCGCUACAAGGAACUACAAGAUGCCGCACUUCACCAUCAGCAAGUUCGACGACUACAACAAGACGGAUGCCUUGACAUGGUGGCAAAGUUUCCUCAUGGAAGCAUCAUGCCGCACUGUCCCGGCUGAUGACAUGAUGAAGGCGCUCUACUUACAACUGAUUGGAGGAGCACAGGCAUGGAUGAACCAUUUGGCGGCUACCAAGAAAUGCACCAUCGCUGAACUCCACACGCACAUCAUGUGGAAGGAGUUCGAGCAACUGUGGUUCACUCGAUUCAUGGUCUGCAACGUCGUGAAGGCGGCCAUGAACGAGGUGUACACCUGCUCACAAGGAAGUAUGCCAACUCGAGACUGGACAACCAAGUGGCAAAAGAUAGUGACCACGCCAGGCUUCGACUUGAGUUUUCCUAACCAACGAUCCGAGUUCUUCUCGCGAUCAUGCGCAGGAUUGCGGUCGGCACUCGGUAAUGAGUACGACUAUACCACAUUCCAGGCCAUUCUGGAUCGAGCGAACUUGGUCAUCCAAACGGAUGACAAGGCUGCAAACGAACGGCAGUCCCAACCGCAUUAUGUGGCUAAGCAGGCCUAUCAACGACUGACACAUAAUAAUCUCGUGAUUUCUGAAGAAACAGUCGAUCUCCACGCUGCAGCAGCAUCCUCGAGUGAUGGAGGAAUUGUAGCAGCGCUCCCGCCGAAGCGUCCCAAGAGAGUUCGAAAGAACAAGGCGACACAACAGACGGCAUCGACGGGAACUGGGCAGCAGCCAUGGACGGCAUACAAGAUAACCAAGGAAAUCUAUGACCUUCGUCAAAACCAAGCCUUUAUGGCCCGCGCAGGCCUUGGCCCGCGCGUUCGAAGGAAGACGCAACCCACGCAAGUUACAUUCGCGGACGGCCGCACGCAAAAGUCGAUUGACCGAUGCGUCGACGGUGUUCCGGUAUACUUUGCACCACUUGCGUGCGAGCCGGUGUCUUUUGACAUCCUCGACACCAAGUUCGACAUGAUUCUAGACAUGUCUUGGUUGCGUAGCACCGAUCAUCCGGUGAACUUUCAUGACCGAACCGUUCACAUUCGUGAUCGGAACGGAGUGUUAGUCCCAUGUACGGUCGCGACCCCUCACACUUCGAUUGCUUGUCACGCGGACGCUUCGGGAUACGGUAUUGGUGCGGUGUUGGAACAGUGUCACGAGGAUGGUUGGCAUCCGGUCGAGUAUUUCUCCCAAAAGGUGCCUCUCGUCAACACUCUCGACGAAGCUAGGAAGAAAGAGUUACUCGCGUUCGUCACCAUUCUCAAACGGUGGCGCCACUUUCUUCUCGGCCGUCGGCGUUUUAAAUGGAAUACGGACAACAAUCCGUUGACCUUUUACAAAACUCAGGACACGGUCACUAGYACGAUCGGUCGAUGGAUGUAUUACAUCAACCAGUUCGAUUUUGACCCGUGCCACAUUCCCGAUCCCGCCAAUCGAGCUGCGGACGCCCUCUCACGACGGCCCGACUUUUGUGCCAUUGUGACCACGACAUUCGACCUCGAUGACGAUCUGCAGCCGCAUUUCGUCAAAGGCUACAAGUCCGAUCCGACUUACUCUACGCUUUAUGCAGAGCUUUCAUCGGAUCACCCGCCGGCUAGCCGUUAUCGGAUUUUCGACGGGUUCCUUCUCCUUCACACGAGAGGAAAGGACUUGUUAGUUGUGCCCCAAGAUCGCAUCUUACAGACUCGUUGUCUCGGCGAAUUCCACGACGCACGACUUUCGGCACACCUUGGCGCUGCUGACAUAUACGUCCCUUGCUCUCCCGCUUCCGUUCGGAAGUACCAGGACUUGCUGAUCAAAGCCCGCGCGAAUAUGCAAAAGACUCAAAUCCGCAUGCGGCAGGAAGCUAACCGACGUCGACUUCCAUGUCCUUUCCGCGAGGGAGACCUUGUUUGGGUCCUCUCCGAGGAAUUUCCGCUCGAGCAGGACGUUUCGCGCAAACUCCUUCCGAAAUGGUUCGGACCAUGGGAAGUCACUUCUGUCGUUGGAGACGACCCCGCAGGUCCUUCCUUUGUGGUCAACAUUCCUCCACACCUUACAAUGCACCGGGUCUCCCACGCGUCGAAGCUGGCCAUCUACACGCCACCUUCCGCCGACGAGUUCCCCGGCCGUCGAUCACAGGAUCCGCCUUCUAUGGACGGACAUCAGGAAGUGGACCGAGUCAUCACGCACCGCAAGUAUGGCAACAAGCCAAUGCAGUUCAAGGUCACAUUCAAGCAAUGUGCGCCUUACGACACUUGGUGGAUCUCUAGUGCAGACUUGCAGACUUCUGCACCCCUUAUCUUCGCCGAUUAUGAGAAGCGACGCCUUGCCAAGGAAGCAGCUCAUCCCACCCGACCCAUCCCGGUAUCGGACAGACAACUUCGCCCUCGUAGGUAGCUCGGUCUUUUAAGAGGGGAAGUGUGUUACAUCUUCGACGCCACACGGGCCCUACCGGACCCGACUUAGGGCCAGAGGGACACAGUAGGGCCUAAAGGCCCGACCUUGGGGUACUACAGGCCGUAAAGGCCUCAUUUUGGACCAGAUCCGACUGGCAGGCCCAAACGACAUUACCGUUUGGGCCUGGUGGCACUCUUGAGGCUGCCGCCCGCCGGUUGGGGCUGAACCGUCAAUCUUGACGAUUUAGGGCACGGCCAGGCCUCGCAGCAUAGAGGCCGGUCUCUGCCCCACCGGUACAAAAGUACCGGUCCAGCAUCACUUCGGCAUCGAACCACCGGCACUCUAGCGGUGCGUUACGGUAUAGCGCCAGAGCGC